AAGUGUCCGGUUUCAGUCUGGCACCACGAGCGCUCGUCCGUAUUUAUUGCAUUAGUAUUUAUUUAUGUAUCGUGCAGGUUCUGGUUCUGGCGGCGCCGCGGGUCGCGGGCGGCGGGGGGAACACUUACUACGUGAUUAAUCCGCGCCCCCGCCCGGCCCGCGGCCCUUGCCGCGGCCAGGCGUACUCGCGCCGGGUUUCCUCGUCCCCGCGUCUCAUGGCCACUCACUACGCACGGGGCUCCGCCGUAGUGCCGCCUGCCGACGCCAGUCGCGUCGCGACCUGCGCCGACAACGGACGCCCCGCGUAAACAUCCCAACUGUAUGAUAUCAUUCAUGCUAAUCUCCGCUCGUUGAUUUUCCUGCCCAGUGACCGCAGUGAAUCCCGCGUCGCCGCGAGUGCCGAAUGUUAGUAACGUCAUCGGUGUAUUUUUCCGUCGGGAACGAAACCUGUUUGGAGUGACCGGCGCCUGCCUCGGAUGAGACCGGCGACUAGUGAACGUUGCUGUGACCCGUGGCCUGCGAUGCUGCGCCCGUGACCGUCUUGCGACAGUGCCACGAAACCGCGUCCGAUGAUCUCGGCGAGGCUCCCCGGCGAGGCGCUGGCCCAGCUGGGGCAGCUCGGGCCGCUGGGGCUGUACCCGCCGCCGCCGCCGGCCGGCAUGACGCCCGAGUUCCUCGCGCCGCCGCCCCGGCCCUACGCGCGCUACGCGCAGCGCCGCCCGCGCGACAUGCCUGCGCCCCCAACCCCCCAGUCUCCCUCGUUCCCUAGCUAUCCAACCUUCCUCCCUCAUCCAUCGUACGCGUACAAUCUGUACCGGGCGGGCCCUCGGGCGCCGCAGUCGCCGGCCAACUAUCCCCUGCACCGGCCCACGUCGGGCUUCGUGCCGCCGGCUCCGGCGUCCCAUUCACCACCAGUGUCUGCGCCGGCGCCUUUACCUCCUGUCCACAGAGACGAACCGCCAAUUUCACCGGAGCGCGGCGCGCCUGCGGCAUAUUUCUGCCGUGGUGCCCUCAUUCGACUCGAGGAUGGUUCGCUUCGGCGCGUCGAAGAGAUGAGGACAGAAGACUUUGUGAUGAGCGCUGAGCACAGUGGUGACCUGGCGCUGACUCAAUGCACGCUGCUACGGCUUGACGAGCGGGGCGACCGGCUCGCGCUCACGCUGACGUACGAUAGGAACCGGGCACAGGUGGAGCUGGACUCGACCGUAGACCACCCGUUCUUCGUGUAUGGGCGUGGCUGGGCGUCCUGCAAGCCGGAGCGCACGCUGGCGCGGUACGGGUUGCACGUCCAACGACUGCAAGUAGGCGACGUUUGCGUGUCUCUAGUUGCCAGGAAGCACGCUUCCGCGUCCCUCCCCGCGCACCCCUCCUCUGCGCCUCCCCAGACGCAUCCGGAGAACCUCAGCGUUAAGGAAGACGCUCGCAAGCGGCGGUGGUCCGCAUCAGACGUGCUCGAGGACGACCGCCCCCUUCCAAAGAAACGCUGAAGCGUCGUGAUCGCUCUAAAACUAUCGUUUAGUUCGUUUCUUCCCGUAGUUGACGCGGAUUGUGAGCUGGAUUAGUGAUCGAACGCUUCAUCUUCCUGCUAUCUAACGAAAUCAGCUUCGCAAUAUUCUCACGUGAUAGUGACAAUAACCCAGUGAGUGAGUCGCGUGCCCGUGCGGCCGCGACCGUCCGCUGUACUAUCGGGAACUCUAGGUGCUUUUUACUGUCGGGUGCUUCUGUCGCGUAUGUGUACGACAAUGUAAAUAUGUAUGUAAUUAUGAUAUUUAGGUCAAAGUUCAAUGUUACACUCCAUGACUAACUAAAUGUAUCACAAAUAUGUGAACGAACGUUUGCGCGAUGCGUAGGAGAGCAUAAAAAAUAUUUUUGCACAUAUAUAGAUACCGACACAAAUCAAAUCAUUAAUCAAACUUUAUUUAGUUUAAAAUUAUAUUGGAGUGAGAACCGAAAAACUUAAUGAGCACAAAAAUAACAAUGUGUAUGUUUCUACCAGAUCUUAUAGUAGGUUAGAUUUUGUGAUAAACAAUGAGAUUUUAAAUCGCCAGUCUGUCGAGACGGCAUUGCAUAUUAUGUUAAACAAAGGUACAAUGAAUGUUUGGUAGGGUAGCUAUGGGCUUCUAAAUGAGGAUGGAUUUCCUUGUCUCUUCACUGUGAGUGAAGCUGCUUUUCCACCAGAUAGGUGGCCAAUGCUAAAGGAUAAACGAGAUCACAACUAAACUACAAAAAUAUGUGACUCAAUGACGGUAUUGACCAGAGCUAACUAGCAUAAUUGAGCGAGUAAAUGCGAUUAACUCGCUUCUAGAGCUUUCAUCGGUAGCUCGCAAUCCUUCAAUAAAAAAACAUUACCUACUUCGAUGAUUAAGUGGAUCAUACACAUCAUUAGCAACACAGCUGGUCUGUAAGCACCUGUGGUAGAAAAGCAAUCUUACUCAGUUGGACGUAGCCCACUCCCAUGGUUGUGACAGACAUAUCCCGGCUCGCGAAACAAACAACCAUACAAACCCUGCUACAACUUCCCCUAUUGGCUGUAGUAAGGACCGAACUUGGAGGUGGCGGCAAAUUUAUCUGACAAAUAAUUUGAUCGUGUUAUACAUUAUAAUAUCUAUUCUAAAAAUAAAAUAUAUAUGUACCUAUAUUAUGACGUUGUUAGAUGUCAUCUCUAUUGUUUUUAGACGUCCAUGUGUAAUACACAGAACUUUUCUAUGAGAAGAUUGUUGUAUACAUAAUAAACACACAGUCUGUGAUAUUUUGUAGUUAUUGGUCAGAGUAGAUAUGAAGUAUUGCUUGAAUAAAGGAAAUAUAUGUUUUAGAGUACUAAGUGCGUAAUUGGUAAGGAGCUAUAUAGAUGUCGUAUACUCAAAAAAUUCGCUGAAGGAAACAAACGAAAUACAUAAACAAGUAGAGUCUGUGAUUUUAUACAUAUGUAUAUCGUUAUACCAAAUAACGACAAAUGCAAAGGCCAUAUCAAAAUCCAAUUAAUUUUAAAUAUUAUUAAGUGAAUAUUUACCGUUCUUCAUUUGGUUUAUUUUUAUUUGCAUAAUAUAAAUCGUAGUUUCACAUGGAUUUCCAACUGAAUACCUAAUACGUAGGUAUAAUUUUGAGUGUAAUGAUAUGCGUACAAGGAUGUUUGCCAUGCUGGGCGGGCCUGGCCCGCGGGACACGGGGUAGUUCUUUCAUUGUACCGUAAAUCUUACGUGCUUGUUAAUUGUAUGUUAAUUAUUAGUGGCCGGCCCGGCACCGCGCCCGCACACGGACACGGCUGAGGCAGUGGCCGGCGGAGCGUAGAUAAAAAGCUAAUAAUUUGUUGUAUAAUGUAUGUAAUACUAGUUUUAUCAUGUUUAUUAUUAUAUUUUGUAAUUGUAAUGAAAGAUCUCAUUUUAUUAAUCGGUAUUUUCUAACAAGGCGCUUCAUUAGAUCAUGACUAAGCCUACCUCACAAACUUGAGACCGGGCGGCGCGCGCCGCGGCCGGUCGCCAACAAGUCGACAACAAGAUCUCAAUUUGAUGAAAAUAAACUUAUAAAAAGACUGGGACGCUUUACUGAAUGUUGUGGGAUAGUAGUUUCUUUGAAGAUAUUACUUAAAUUAUGAUAUAGGAAGGAGCAUUUAUUUAGUGAACGGGCGCUACCGGCGCGACGCGCUGCGCUCCUCUUCCAAGCAAGUCGCUCGACUCGAUUAGUACAAAAAUUCUUACAAAAGUAUUAUUUCCCAAAAUUGUCAAUUCAGAAAGUAUUAACUUAAUUUCAAUGAAGGGUGCUAUACAAACUGUUUUCGUUGACGAUGACGAGUCAAGCACGAUAAAUUCAUACGACAUUAAUGUCCCGAUAUUUGAAACAUGUUGAGUAUAAAUUGGCAGAAUCAAAGUUCUUCCAAUCUAUUUAAAUGUAUCAGUUUAUAUUGCAAACCAGCUUCAGAGUUUUGUUCCCUUGAACUACUAGCGUAUGUUCUAUGUAUUAUAACAAUUGCAAGCCAAUGUAAAUUAAAUAUACAGAAUCGAUUUUAACUAUUGUAUUUACAUCCAAUAAUUACUUCAUAUGGAGUAGUUUUCGCAACAUUUAUAAAACCAUUGCUGUCAAGAAAGUUAUAUUUUUCCAUCAACUUACAUUAUGAUCAGACAAUAUCUAUCCAAAUACUAUAUUUAUAAGUGAGAAACAAUAUUAUACAUGAGGUAAUCAUACUUGAGCAAAAUGACUUGAUUUCUUUGCACCGAGUUCCCAAAUUUAGAAGAAAAUCAUGAUUGGCCAGAGUUAGGGCACGUUUACACUGGGCCAAAUCUGUUAUCAAAUGCGGAUGAUAGUGUAAAUGAGCCCUAAGCUGGAUUUCAAGCAGGUCUAAGUUAUUUCUGCUCUGCCGAUCGACUCAUCUUUGUAAACACGAACAAAGUUUCUGCCUUUCGCGUUGAAAAACAUUAGAUAUACCUUGCUAUUUUCGGCGUAAUAUAAAUCAUAAUGAUUAAACAGAAACUUUGGUCCUGUAUCUUUGACUGCGUUAUAAUGUCACGGGUGUUGUAAAUGUGGCAAGGCCAGGAAAUUAUAUAUUAUAUUCAUCGUUAAGUUUAUUUCCGUUUUAUUUCUUUAACAUUUGCUUGUCGACAAUAAGAUACAUAUAUACCUAAUUAUACUUUCUAAUUCCAACGUAGAGAAAUGAUCACUAUUCUUGUGAUCGUGUGAUCUUUGUAUGAAUGUACAAACGUAGAGACCGACUUUCGGCAAUACAUUGAGAUAGAAAUAAAACGUAGAAAUACUUGCAAUUGUCUCUUUCCAUCUUGGCGCUGUAGCAAGUCAUUGAUCCACGUGUGGGACAGAGAUAGACAUUAUUUUGUAAGUACACGAAUGACUCGACCUGCGUUGCAUGGUGACAAUAGAAUAUCAUGUGUAGAGUGCCGUGUUUCGUCGUUGCCAACAUAGUUAACGGGCAUUAUUCCAUACGCUUUGACCUUAUCAUAUCGGUAUUGAGUCAAGCUUUAACUUUUAAUCACAAAAUAAAUAUUCGAGUCGGGAAGAUGGGUAAUAAGUACCAUGAAGGUCAAAUUUCUUAUCAAAAUAUGAUGAUUCAUUUAUGCCGCUGCAGACUUUUGAUACAGCGUGAAUUUUUGAUACGACUACAUAAUCAAACGGUACUUUAGUUAGUUCAGGCUUUAAUUAACACACUUCCAUAUGUUUUAUAAAAAAUGGAAGAAAUAAAUAAAUCAGCAAGCAAUGUAUCAUUAUUGCGUCAUUAUGACGCGACGUCACAAUUAAGAGAUCACCGUGUACGAAAUAUAUUGGCGCUCGAAAAAAUCAAAAAUUAAUUAUUCUGUUGUGGUUAAGAGUAAAUUAAAAUUUCAGAAUCAUUUCAUACCGCUAAAACCGAUGUUUUUUUUUAGUUUAUGGUUAUAUCAAAAAUACAUGUAUUUAAUUUUAGCGUGAACACACUGGUCAGCCUUGAUACCGCUUUUGGAGACAGAAGUUAGAGCGUGUCGAAUAGGCCCAUGAUUUCCACAGUUCGUAUAAAUAAACCUUCCCAACUAACCAAGUACUUCCGACACAAGAUUGUGCCAUCUUACAGAUUUCUUAUUAUAUUGAAUUGUUUUGGUCAAGUUAACGAAUGUCCUAUAAAGGAAUACCUCUGUCUUUAUAUACGUUAUUUAUAUCCAUGAUUAAUUCUUGAUUAAUAUAUUCUAUUAUUGGUUAAAAUCGACAUGGUAUCCAAUUUAAAAGCAGGUUUAGAUUGUGUGAAACUGUCAAAUAACAAAUUUGUUACAAAAUCAACUAUCAUUAGGAUUUUCUUUGAAAAUUAAAAUAGAAAUACAGAUAGAUGCUUUUACUGGAGAAGUUGUGUCAUUUAUGUAAUAGAAAAAUAAAUAUAAAAUUGUUAUAUAAUUAUAUGAUGAAUGGCAAAAUAUAUAUGUAUAUUUUAUUGUAUAGCGGAGUGAGUACUGUUUCAGAUUAUGUAAAUGGAAAAUGUUAUAGACCGAGAUGUGUUAAAAUAAGUUAACUGUUUGUAAAAAGAAGAGAAAAUAUGUAUAACUGAAUAUUUGCUACAAA